UCGCGAGUCGUGUCUCAGCGUUGGUACGAUCGCCGAUUUUUUUUUUGUUUUGUUUUAUUUUUUCAUGCAGUUCGACUGUUGCAAUUGUACCUUUUUCGCUCGUGCUCGAUGAUAUACGGCCAAGUUAUAGUCCAUCGCCGGUGUCGUCGAGUUUAAUAUUAUCCGAAUCGUCUCUUCGUAUCUUUACCCACUAUGCGAUAUCAGACAACAAAAAAAAGUCGAAUAAAACGAAAACACGAUUACCAUUUAAUUGAGUACCUGUUGGUUAACCAUCGCAAGCCACCGCGCAGCGGUGAAAUGCAUUAGCGCUUUUUCCUCGAUGCUCCCAGCAAACUACUCCCGGCACAUCGGCAGCGCUGACCGGGACAACGAUUCCGCACGGUGUGUACAACGCGCGUGCACGUACAUGUGUAUACGUGGUGAAUAGGAUGGUGGCCUACAAUGCGGCUAGUUGUACUUGAGCCGCUCCGGAGUUGCAACACUCCUGCGUUUGAGAGGCGGGGAGCGAGUACGAGAGUUUAUCCGUAAGGUGCGUCGCAAGAUGGGACAGGCCUGGUGCAAAGAAAAGUCAGCCAAGGCCCAGGACUCCAAGUCGCCGCUAGAUCGGGUUUUCGUUAGAUGCGCCCACAGGAUCUAUCCAAGCCUGAAGGAGGAGGGCUCCGUACUCGGCGCCACCCAAAGGGUCACGAGCAGCUCGGAAAUCGCGUACGCGGGAGGAGGAGCGGUUUCGGCGCCUCGAGCCGGUCGCCCGCUUCAGCGCGGCCACAGCAUCGACUCCGUGGACCGGCCGUUCCACCCGAGCGAGUGGGUCGACGUUAAUCUCGAGGUGCCCUGCACCCCCAGGCCAUGCGUCGCGCUCGACGGCUCGGGCCACUACCGGCAGCUACACCAAACCGACUCUGGGAUACCCGGCUCUAACGGUAAAAUCGGUGCGUCGAGGAAUAUGGAGGCCGUCGGUGAUGCACUACCGGUCCCGCCACCGCGCAGGCGCAGACGGCACGAGAUGCGCUCGCCGCCCGGCGAAGCAAACGACGAGUCGGAGCCCGAACUGUUGACGGGACCUGCCGAUCAACCCACCAACAGCACCAACGAGGCCAACUCGGACGACGAGUUUGUCGAGAUCGAAAAGAGCUUGCUGAAGGAGGAGGCGGUGCCGGCAGCCCAACAACCAAAGAGCCAGAGCGCCGCUAGCCUGCCAAACGUCGUGGACUUUGAGCUUUUGCCCGAGGAUCCACCCGCCGAGAUGGGGGAAGGAGGCGCCAAGAGACCGCCGAGGCAAAAGACGAGCUCCCUGCCCCGAGACUCCGUUUCGCUCGAGGUAUCGGACGGGGAGAGUGGUCCCGAGGGUGGAUUAUUCCCGAGCACCACCGGCGUCGAGGAUAACUCGAUUUUCAAGACCGACACCUCCUCGUCUCUGGUACAGCUUCAUCCGGUCGAGGACACCGGGUUUCACGCCAAAACUUCAACACCCGUCAAACCCGUGUCCACCACCGCCUCGGCCGAUGUGACCGACGAGGACGAAGCCUCCACCACCCAGAGUCUCGACGCCGCCUUCGAGAGCUUCGCCAACAACCACCCAUCGGCGUUGGAAAACUCGCGUGACUUGUCCCCAAAAGCCCCGAGCAGGAGCUUCGUCGUCGUGGGCCAAGACGUCGACCGGCCGGCGAGUCCCAGGAGCGAGGACGACGGAGGCUACGCGUCGCGAAGCGACACUCGCGCUACCCUCACCGAGGCCAGCUCGUCCGAUUUCCACGAGGCGUCCUCCGGCAUCAUCCCCAAUGAUGCAGGCAACGAUGGGGACAUUUCGGGUUUGGUGGUGAUCCAGCGCACGAUAUCCGAGGAGUCGCUGCCGCGCGAGAUGCUGGUGGAAGAGUUGGACGAGGAGCCUCGCCGGCUGGACAGACAGACCAGCGAGCUCGAGGACUAUGCGACGCCCUCGCCGAGUCCGGAGGUCAAGAGACGGGAGAUUGGGGACGGCAUCGUCAACGGGUUCGUUGACCUGUCGGUGGAGGCGGGCUCUCCAGGUGUCCCGACAGAGGCCACCGAGGGAGGCAAGUCCGAGCCGCGAAUCGUCCCGGUGAAGCGGCCCCUGCCAUUUGGGGAGCAACCCCCGAGGGUCUUCGAGAGGACGAACCCCUUCUUGGACGACCACGAUGGUGGCGGGGAGGUGCCGAAGCACACGGAGCGGCUCGGCUCGGCGGAGGAGACGACGAUCGAGGAGCCCCUGAUCGUGCCGACGCCGCCGCGAAGGCGCCACCGGCACAAGUCGAGCCUCGAGUCGCCCAUGGAGCCCGAGGCGUUGCACACCUACGCCAGCCGGGACAGGCUGAUCUGAGCUUUGGCCCCUUACCUGCGGCAUCGGCUCGUUGCUGUCGUGUGUACAGGGAACUUUGCCGAAAACUUCUUAGCGGCCACGGUUGUCCCCAAGGACGAGAGAGGAGCAAGUUGGGACUCGACGAUCGGCGGUGUACAGAAGUAACAGUGAAACGGCGAUGGGACUGUUAUCAUAUUUUUCGCGCUUUUCGGUGUACAUGCACUGCUUCGAUGGAUGCACAAACAUCCCUUAGCUUGUACAAAGUUGCCGAUCGCACCGAUAAUAUUUGGACCGCAGCUUUUAUUGUAUCCGAUUUCGCAGUCAAGUUUUCACACGUGAAAUAUAUUAUAGACAAUAUUGCUACGAUUCACUUUGACAGACGGCAUUGUUAGACGUAGGAAUCUAAUUGAUGUUUGUAUUAAAAAAUGAGUAACAUGAGUUGCGAGAAAAACCAAUAAAACGGCGAAACGAUGUAAAUAGCCACGAAACACACCUAACGUUGAGUGUAAAAAGCGCAUGUUGUGUAAAAGCCGGUGUAAAGCUCCGAGCCACGGGUUAUAUUAAUAAUACACGUGUAGUACACAACGAAUAACCAGAGAGCUCUUUAGGCCGCGAUCGUGUGCGUGCGCGUAUGUAAGCUACUCAUCGUGAAUAAGCAAAACCCCGCGCUAUUAUACACACAAACGCAAAAGCAUUAGAGACGAUAAGAUGUACAAUGAAACGCCCAUAUGUACUUGUGUAGGGAAUAAAAUUUGAAAUUCAGCAUUA